AUGAACUCCUCAGGAGAUAUACUGAGCAGCUAUGCAGCCUUUUUUAAAAACCACAUCCCCAUGCAGCAAGAAGCACUGGUCAAAACUUCCACUUUUGCAAUUACCUACAUAGCAACCAACAUCAUCAACGGUUUGCUGGUCUUCACCUACUUCAAGCACCCUGUCUUUUACGAGACCUCCCGCUACAUACUCUUCAUCCAUCUGGUGUUAAAUGACGUGGUGGAGCUGAGUGUUGCACUGACUCUGUACAUCUGGCUAGAUCACCAGCCCUUCAUCCUGGUCCCUGUCUGUUACUUCUUCCUGAUUUUGGCUGCAACCACCACCAUGAACAUGCCCAUAAACCUAGCUGUGAUGGCCCUGGAGCGAUAUACUGCCGUCUGCUUCCCUCUACACCACUCCCAGAUCUGUAGCCUGCAGAGGACCUACCUGGCCAUCGCUGUGAUAUGGCUCAUCGGUGUCAUCCCCUCCGCCACCGACCUCUUCACGGUCUUCGCGGUGGAGAGCACCGCCUUCUUCCGCAGCUCCGUCUUCUGCAUCCGUGAAGGCAUGCUGCGGACACCCAGGCAGGCUGACAACCGGGUCUACUUCAUGGCAGUCUACCUGUCUGUGGUGUGGCUGAUCCUCGUCUUCACCUACCUGAAGAUUGUCCUCGCUGCCAGGUCAGCUAGCUCCUCCGAGAAGACCACGGCCAAGAAAGCCCGGAACACUGUCCUUCUACACGGGGGUCAGCUCAUUCUCGCUAUGCUCACCUAUACUUCACCUGCAUUCGAGCAGCUCCUCCUCACCUUGCCAGCAGACAUGCGACCCAACAUAAACUACGCCAGGUACUACCUGAUCUACAUUGUACCGAGAGCUUUGAGCCCCAUAAUCUAUGGGCUGAGAGAUGAGAACUUCAGAAAGCACCUGAAAGCUCACUGCUUCCAAAAGCAGGUCCUGCCCUCAAAAGCCACCCACAACACAAAAAAGUAG